AGAAAUGGCAUAUAAACAAAGUUAAAGCAAGAAAGGGAAGUAACGGGGGUAGGUGUGGGAUUGACCGAACCACCUUCACACUCACCAUCCCCUUAAGACUUGACAUUGUCCUAAUUACUCUUCAAUUCCUUAACACCACUUGCUAACUUCAACUAAUAUUUAAACCCUUUAACCUCCCUCUUUAUUCUCUCAGCUUGAGGUUCCCUUCUUCAAAGAGAACGCCAAGCUUCACUUCACCUUAGUCCUACAAUCUAAAACACACUACCUUAUUCAAUAAGUGGCAAUUACGUCAUUUUACAUUUUAUUUCUUCUAAUAUGCUUACCCUCACUCCGCCUUCUUCUGGUUCUCUUAACUAUCGGAACCGGGUUCGACCUUCGCUGAACCGGGUUAUUCCAACCAGAAUAACUGUCAAAUGCGGUUACGGAUACGGUUUCGAAUCGACAAAUUUCGGCGUCGGUGGCUCUAGCCGAGCUGACUUUCAAAGCUCCUGCGCCAUCUUAGCCAGUAAAGUCAUUUCGCAAAAAGAUGAAUCUCACGCCGGUGGCGAAAACAAUCAUGCCGGCGCCGUCAACGGUCACAAAACCGCUGUGACGGAUCUAGUCCACAUCGGAAACGACAAACCUCUUCCUCCGAAGCCGCUCACUAUCACUGACUUAUCUCCUGCUCCGAUGCACGGGUCGCAGCUACGCGUCGCGUAUCAAGGCUGUCCCGGCGCGUACUCCGAAGCCGCCGCUGGAAAAGCAUAUCCAAACAGCGAAGCGAUACCGUGCGAUCAAUUCGAAGUCGCGUUCCAAUCGGUUGAACUCUGGAUCGCCGAUCGAGCAGUUUUACCGGUGGAAAAUUCCCUCGGAGGUUCGAUCCACCGAAACUAUGAUCUUCUCCUCCGUCACCGUCUCCACAUCGUCGGAGAAGUUCAACUUCCGGUUCAUCACUGCCUCCUCGCCCUCCCAGGGAUCCGUAAAGAAUACCUAACGCGCGUGAUCUCACAUCCACAAGCAUUAGCACAGUGCGAACACACGCUUACAAAAAUCGGGCUCAACGUAGCGCGUGAGGCCGUCGAUGAUACCGCCGGAGCAGCAGAAUUCGUCGCAACAAACAAUCUCCGCGACACAGCGGCAAUCGCAAGCGCACGCGCUGCGGAGCUUUACGGUUUAAAUGUUCUCGCUGAUGGAAUCCAAGAUGACCCGAAUAACGUGACCCGAUUCGUUAUGUUGGCCCGAGAACCCAUAAUUCCGCGAACGGAUCGUCCAUUUAAAACAAGCAUAGUGUUCGCGCACGAUAAAGGAACUUCGGUUUUAUUUAAAGUGCUUUCCGCGUUUGCGUUUAGAAACAUAAGCUUAACUAAGAUUGAAUCUAGGCCUCAUCGUGGCCGUCCGAUUCGCGUUGUUGAUGAUGAAAGUGAGGGAACAGCAAAACAUUUUGAGUAUAUGUUUUAUAUUGAUUUCGAGGCUUCUAUGGCUGAGGUUAGAGCACAAAACGCACUUGCUGAGGUUCAAGAAUUUACCUCUUUUUUGAGAGUAUUGGGUAGCUAUCCUAUGGAUAUGACACCAUGGAACCCUUCUUCUACUUCUCACCGUCAACAUUAAUUAAUUAUUAGCAUUUACCUUAAUCUAAAACAAAAUUAAAAUAUAAAUUUGCUUCAUUAAGUCAAUUGUUUCUAAAUUUCUAAAUUGUGAAGGGGAAAAUAUACCAAAUUGUUUCAACUUUCAAUUUCAUUUUUAGAGUAUAUAUUUUCAUCCGGGCUCUUUUUUUUGUUCGUGAAGUUUUAGCAUGUAAACUAAGUACAUUGUACUUGAGUUUAGGGUGGUGGGUACGUGAUUGUAUAUUUUUAGUCAAACAAAAAUGAUGCCGAAGUUAGGUGUCUUGAUUAUUAAUAAUAAUGUGUAUCUGUAUCCCCAAAACAUCCUUAGUUUAUAUGUUGGGUGUUUCUGUGAGGUGAUAGAUAUUUUUUAUAAUAAAGAGGUGAUAUAUAUUUUGUAGUUGUAGUU